GGGGGGGGUCGAGGUCUGGGUCUAAAGUCUGGGUAAGAGUCUCAAGUUGAGAGGUCUGGGUCUCUGGGUCUAAAUCUGGGCUCUCUGAGUUUAGAUUUAAAGUCUGGGUCUGGUUUAAGAUUUAAAUCGGCGUUGGCGUCAGGUGUUAAAAGUCUCGGUUAAAGUCCCGGUCAGGGUCUGGUUUCAGGGUCACGGUUCAGAAUCAGAGUACGACUUUGAGGUUAAGGACUGGCCAGGGGGUAUCGUGCUUGCGUAAGGGUCGGGGUCUAAAGUCUGCGACAAAGCCCGGUUUAGACGACAGCUCAAGGCUCAGGGUUAGGGCUGGAGGAGUCGUUUACGCUCUUAGGAGUCCUCUGGGGGUUUAAGUUACGUGUCGGGGAUGUACCAAGGUCUGGGUUUAGCUCUGGGUCUGAGGGUUGCGGUUGGAAUCCCGGCCUGGAACUCCUCGUCUGGGAUCAGGCGCGGCUCACGGGAUCUGCGCUCUGGGCACCGUGGCUGCUGCUGCUGCUGCAAGACCCGGAGCGGAUCGCCGCGGAGCCGCCAUGUGGAUCCUGGAGUCGCUGUCUCGCCUCCAGCAGCGACUGCGGAAGCUGGGACGCGGAGGGCCUCGCAGGUCAGAGAGCCAUGUGGCCUCGCCACCUUUGGCCCCUGACCCCUGUGACCCGUGCCCGCUGGCUCCGGAGGUCAUCUGCUCAGACGAGGAGGAUCAGGAGGACCCAGCGGACUACUGCAAGGGCGGCUACCACCCGGUGUGUGUGGGCGAGGUGUACAGCGAGCGCUACCGCGUGGUGCACAAACUGGGCUGGGGACACUUCUCCACGGUGUGGCUCUGCUGGGACCUCGCGGCGAGUGAGAUGGUGGCUAUGAAGGUUGUGAAGAGCGCUCAACACUACACAGAGACAGCGCUAGACGAGAUCCGCCUCCUACGCUGUGUGCGUGACGCUGACCCCUCGGACGCCAGGAGGAGCCGCGUGGUCGCGCUCCGGGACGAGUUCCGGGUCACCGGGGUCAACGGCACGCACGUGUGCGUGGUGAUGGAGCUUCUGGGCGCCCACCUCCUGCGCUGGAUCGCUCGCUCGCACUACCACGGCCUGCCACUCGCCUGCGUGCGCGCCAUCACCACGCAGGUUCUGGAGGGGCUGGACUACCUCCACAGCCGCUGUGAUGUCAUCCACACAGACAUCAAACCCGAAAACAUCCUUCUGUGUGUGGGGAGCGAGGCCCCAUCACCCACCACAGGGAAGACUCCGCCUGGAGCUACGGCGAAGGUCGCCAAACCCCGCAAGCGCCGCCUCCUCUUGAGGCGCGAGGACCGCGAGGCGGCCAUCUUGGAACGUCGCCGGGCCGAGGCCCUGUCCGAGAGGCUUCUCCUGACGGGCGCGGCCGGGCGCCUCCCACGGAGCGACGCCACCGCCGACAACAACAACCGAGGCGGUGGCGACGCUGACCAGCGACCGCACGGCCACCACCACCACCACCACCGCAGCCAAAGACACCGCUACCACGACGUGGAUCCGGCGCGGGAGCAGCAGCCGGACACCGAUCGCCAACGUCAGCAUCACGAUCGGCAGCAUCGUGAUCAGCGUGUGGAGCAGCACAGUAAUCAACACCACGAUCGGCAGCAUCGUGAUCAGCGUGUGGAGCAGCACAGUAAUCAACACCACGAUCAGCAGCAUCGUGAUCAGCGUGUGGAGCAGCACAGUAAUCAACAUCACGAUCAGCAGCAUCGUGAUCAGCGUGUGGAGCAGCACAGUAAUCAACAUCACGAUCAGCAGCAUCGUGAUCAGCGUGUGGAGCAGCACAGUAAUCAACAUCACGAUCAGCAGCAUCGUGAUCAGCGUGUGGAGCAGCAGCAGCAGCAGCUUCAUCUUCAUCAGCAGCAGCAUCCUCAACAUCAGCAGCAGCAUCUCCAUCCGCAGCAUCAGCCCCAUCAACACCACCACCACCACCACCAUCAGCAGCAGCAGCAACAACAUCAACACGACCAUCACCACCAUCGUCACCACCCGCCACCGCCGCAGGUCGGCUCGCUGGCUUCGCCGUCGUCGGCGUCGUCGGCCUCGUCGGCGCGCGUCCUCCGCAGAACCCCGGCGGCGGCGGCGUCGUCGGCGUCGGUGGCGCCGUCGGUGACGCGCAGCCAGCCGGCGUGGCCCCCGGGGAUGUCCAACUGGCGGAGUCACGUGACCCUGCCGCCCCCCCCGCCGCCGCCGCCGCCGGGCCCCUCCUCGCGCCUCUCCCGCCUGCGCCGGCCUCUGAUUGGCCGCCUCUUCUCCUCCCAGCAUUCCCUGGCGGCCGAAGGCGGCGGCUGCGGCGGCGGCGGCGGCGACGACGAUCGCCCACUGAUGUCCUCCGCCUGCUCCCUCGGCGUGGGGGGGCACGGGGGGCUGGCGGGGCGUGGAGGGGGGACGAGGGGAGGGGGCGCCCCCCUGCCCUGGGGUCCCCCCCGCAGCCUCUCCAUGCCGCACCUGGGCGACAGCGCCGACCUGGAUCAGCUGUUCUCCUCCAGCGAGCCCGGAGGAUGCUCUCCGUGUGCCGUGCCCGCUCUGGAGCUGAACCCGGAAUGCGACGUCCCGGGCACCACCUGCUCGGCCUGCGACUCCGGGUUCGGAUCCGGCCAGGGUUUGGAUCCGGGUGCCGGUGGUGUCCUACUCCGCUCCGGCUCUCCGCUCUCUCCGGGCGGCUUGCCACCGCCGUCGCCGCGUAGUCCGCUCCGUGGGAACGAGGCCGCCUCGCAGUUUGUGGGCAGCCGAGUUGGGGUCGCCGGGGGUGACCCCUCCAUCGGAGCUCGCCCGGUCCUGAACCUGCUCGACGCGGCCCACGCUCGCCACGUCCGCGUCAAAAUCGCCGACCUGGGCAACGCGUGCUGGACGUUUGAACACUUCACGGAGGACAUCCAGACACGGCAGUACCGCGCCUUCGAGGUGGUCAUCGGCGCCCUGUACGGCACGGCCGCCGACAUCUGGAGCACGGCUUGCAUGGCGUUUGAGCUGGCCACGGGCGACUAUCUGUUUGAUCCACACUCUGGGGAGAACUACUCACGUGACGAAGACCACAUCGCCCUCAUGGUGGAGCUGCUGGGACGCAUCCCGCGUCGCCUGGCGCUGUCCGGGAGGUACUCACGUGACUUCUUCAACCAGAGAGGCAACCUGCUGCACAUCUCGGGCCUGCGGCCGUGGGGCCUGCAGGCGGUGCUGCAGGACAAGUACUCGUGGGCACGUGACGACGCCAGCGCCUUCGCUUCCUUCCUGCUGCCCAUGCUGCACCCGGACCCCGCACGCAGGGCCACGGCCGCACAGGCGCUCACACACCCGUGGCUCCGCGCGUAGACUCACACACACACACACACACCCAUACACACACACCCAUACACACACACCCAUACACACACCCAUACACAUACACACAUACACACAC